AUGGCUGCGAAGAAGGCGCAGAAGGAGGAGCAGCAGAAGCGGCAUGCGGCCAUGCAGGCAGCGAGGGACAAGAAGAAGGAAGAGCAGGAAGAGCGUAAAGAGGCGAAAGCUGCGAGGGAUGCAGCGAAAAAAUCAAAGUCGCCUUCUUCGCCACCGAAACCAGCCAAGUCGCCCAAGUCGCCAUCACCUCCCAAGAAAUCGCCAUCUCCCUCUCCCGUGCCGCCCAAGAAGUCACCGUCACCGUCUCCUCCGAAAUCUCCCGUUAAGCCGACAACUCCCACUCCUUCCACGCCAAAGCCGACUACUCCGUCAACUCCUUCGACUCCGUCAAAGGGUUCCGUCAACCCUGCUGACGUGUCCGUCAUCGCGAAUCUCCAGGCGGCGGCAACGUUAACGGCGGACGCGGCCGACCUGCUGACGCCCAAAAAUCAGUACUACGCGAAUCUAAAGAGCACCGAGCAGGCUCUUCAGAACGCGGUGAUUCUAAUCAACCAGGGUCAGCGCGCGCUGGUGGCGACGCAGGUUGACAACUCCGUCGCGACACUUAACGGCGUGUCGGUGAUGCUUAACAAAUUCCGUUUGAAACCGAGCCAGCACCAUCGUCAGGGCCAUCUGCUGGCCCGGCUAUUGGGCCAGUCUCACCUGCAGCGAUCGGAACAGGCCCAGUCUCCUCUGCUGCGUCAGAAACAGUUUGAGCCUUUGCCGUUAUCCCAGACGCAUCCUCCUCCUCACUCCCAUCCCCUUCCUCACUCCCGUCUCUCUCCGCAUGUUCAUCAUCCUCCUCCCUCUCCUCACUCUCACCCCCCUCCCCAAUCCCUUCACUCUCCUCACUCCCAACCCCCUCCUCACUCCUCUCAAUAUCUUCAAUUCCAUCACUUGAAACACCUUGAGUACUAA